UGAAGCUGCUCAGAAGCAAAUCAUCAGGAAGUGACGGUACCGGAGUCGAUUGCAGCGUCUGGGGGAGUACCGGCGACGGCUUCUUCCUCUUCCUCUUCCUCUUCGUCUUCUCAAUCAUUGGCUCUCCGCCGAAAGAUCUAUGCGGCGGCGACGACAUUAGUGGUCAGUUUCGUCCGUCCGAAUUUGCCGUCGAUCAAAGCUUUCAUUUCUACCUCUGA